ACGGACGCUGGCACUUUAUUUUGCCGAGCUGUCACAUUCGUGUGUUUUCUCUUGUCUGAUGAAAUGUGCUACUAAAGUUUCUCAUAGAUUUGGAGGGUUUUUCUCAGUAAAACAUCCAUUGGUUGUACUCUGGAGUGAAUCUUGCUGGAUCGUACUUAAAAAAGUCAGUGAAAGAUUCCGUGUGAUUCGCAGAUCGUAGAGAGUUAUGGAUAAUAUAGCGGCGGAAGAGUUACAUCGGCUACCGGAGACUAUCAACUUUCCGGCCGAGGAGGAAAAGGUGCUGAAAUACUGGAAAGAUGAAAAAGUUUUCGAGUCUUGUUUGAAGCAGUCCAAAGGGAAACCAAGAUAUACGUUCUAUGACGGUCCACCGUUUGCCACCGGUUUGCCUCACUACGGUCACAUUCUGGCCGGCACGGUUAAGGACAUUGUGACUCGCUAUGCCCACCAGCAAGGCUAUCACGUGGAACGUCGCUUCGGGUGGGACUGUCAUGGACUUCCGGUGGAGUACGAAAUUGACAAAACGCUGAACAUUCGUGGCCCGGAGGAUGUGGCCAAGAUGGGAAUAAAAGCGUACAACAACGAGUGCCGCAAGAUUGUCAUGCGAUAUGCGAACGAGUGGGAGCAAAUCGUGGGCCGGAUGGGGCGUUGGAUCGAUUUCAAGAACGACUACAAAACGUUGUAUCCGUGGUAUAUGGAAUCGAUUUGGUGGGUGUUCAAGCAACUGUACGUCAAAGGGUUGGUUUACCAGGGCGUGAAGGUGAUGCCAUACUCGACGGCUUGUACGACGGCCCUUUCGAACUUCGAGUCUGGGCAGAACUACAAAGAAGUGACCGAUCCGGCCGUGUUCAUUUCGUUCCCGAUUGUGGGCGAUAAGGAUAAUGCUGCUCUCGUCGGUUGGACAACAACACCGUGGACUCUACCGUCUAAUUUGGCUUGCUGUGUCCACCCCGAGUUGAUUUACGCCAAAGUCAGGGAGAUCAAGACAGGCAAGGUGUUCGUUAUGAUGGAAUGUCGUAUUGAAUCUCUGCUAAAAAGUCCAGAAAAUUACGAAAUUUUGGAACGGUUUCCCGGUAAAACGCUGGCUGGACUUAAGUACGAACCUUUGUUCGAUUACUUUCGUAAAUACGAUCAAGUUGCCUUCCGAGUGUUGGUUGACGGUUACGUUACGGAAGAAUCCGGUACGGGAGUGGUUCACCAGGCUCCGUAUUUCGGUGAGGAUGAUUAUCGGGUGUGUUUGGCAAAUGGUGUGAUCACUCGGGAUCAGGAAAUUGUCUGUCCGGUUGAUCCGAGUGGCAAAUUCGUUGAUCCCGUCACCGAUUUCAAGGGGCAAUACGUGAAGGAUGCUGAUAAAAAUAUUACGAAGUUACUCAAGGAGAGAGGUCGAUUAGUUUUGGUUAGCCAGGUGAAGCACAACUAUCCGUUCUGCUGGCGGUCGGAUACACCGUUAAUUUACAAAGCUGUCCCGUCGUGGUUCGUUCGCGUUGAACAUAUGACCAAGCAUUUGCUCAGUUGCAGCUCGCAGACCUACUGGGUUCCGGAUUAUGUCAAGGAGAAGCGCUUUGGGAAUUGGUUGCGUGAUGCACGCGAUUGGGCUAUCAGUCGCAAUCGAUACUGGGGAACACCGAUUCCGCUGUGGAUUUCCCCCGAUGGACAGGAGAUCGUAUGCAUUGGGAGCAUUGAAGAACUGGAGAAGUAUUCCGGUGUGAAAGUAGACGAUCUCCAUCGUGAGAGUAUCGAUCAUAUUGAGAUCCCGUCUGCCGUUCCGGGUAAUCCCUCACUGAGGAGAAUUCCGGAAGUGUUUGACUGCUGGUUCGAGUCCGGGUCUAUGCCGUUCGCCCAGAAUCACUAUCCGUUCGAAAAUGCGUCAGAUUUUCUCAGCAAUAAUUUCCCUGCGGAUUUCAUUGCCGAAGGAAUUGACCAAACACGUGGGUGGUUUUAUACGCUGCUUGUGGUGUCGACUGCUCUUUUCAAUAAGCCACCAUUCAAGAAUCUCAACUGCACGGGUCUGGUGCUUGCCGGUGAUGGGCAGAAAAUGAGCAAACGAAAGAAGAACUAUCCGGAUCCCAUGGAAGUCGUGAACAAAUACGGAGCGGAUGCAUUGCGAUUGUAUUUGAUUAACUCUCCGGUUGUACGAGCUGAAAAUUUGAGAUUCAAAGAGGAAGGUGUGAAGGAUAUCAUCAAGGAUGUGUUUCUACCAUGGUUCAAUGCGUUCCGCUUCCUGCUACAAAAUAUCGAUCGAUUUGAGAAGGAAGAUAAAGUAGUCUACCGGUACGAUGCCGUUCGUCAUGCCGAGAACCGCUCCACAAACGUGAUGGACGUUUGGAUUACCUCAUUCAAGGAAUCCUUGCUGGAAUUCGUUUCACUUGAGAUGAAGGCAUACCACUUGUACACCGUGGUUCCGCGACUGACGAAGUUCAUCGAUCAGCUGACAAAUUGGUAUGUGCGCAUGAACCGGAAGCGUAUCAAGGGUGAGUUUGGCGUUGAUGACUGUUACCACGCACUCGAUACUCUUUAUGACGUUCUGCUCGCUAUGGUUAAGAUGAUGGCUCCGUUUACGCCGUAUUUGACUGAAUUCAUGUUCCAACGACUGAGGCUGUUGAAUAAAGAGAAGAUUGAGGGUAGUGUUCACUUCCAGAUGAUGCCUGCUUCGGCCAAGAAAUACAUCAAUGUUCCGAUCGAAAGAGCCGUCUCAAGAAUGCAAGCGGUUGUGGAAUUGGGCCGUGUCAUGAGGGAUAGAAGAACCGUUCCGAUCAAGUAUCCACUGACUGAAGUUAUCGUUAUUCAUCAGAGCAAGGAAUAUUUGGACGAUAUUAAGUCACUCGAAAAUUUCAUUUUAGACGAAUUGAACGUACGUAAGAUUACGCUAAGCUCUGAUAAGCAAAAAUACGGCGUUAAACUAAGGGCUGAACCAGACCAUAAGGUUCUAGGGGUUAGACUUAAAAAUGAUUUCAAGCAGGUUAUUCAAGCCGUGAAAGCACUGACCGAUGAGCAAAUUGCGGAACAGCUGAAGGUUGGUCACUUCAGUGUAAUUGGGCAUCGCAUUGAGCUGAACGAGUUGAGACUGAUUUACCAGUUUGACGAGAAGCAAUCCGGGGAGCAGAACUAUGAAGCACACAGCGACAAUGAUGUUUUAGUGUUGCUCGAUAUGACCCCCAACGAAGAGCUCAUGAAGGAAGGUGUCGCUCGGGAAAUCAUUAAUCGCAUCCAAAAGCUGAAGAAAAAAGCCAAAUUGAUUCCAACGGAUCCUGUUAUCAUUUACUACACGGUUAGCAAAGAGGGCGAUAUUAAAAGUGUUGCGGAAAGUCACCAGGAUUUUAUUGUUAAUACAGUUAAAUCCCCUUUCCUCCCACAUGGUCCGGAAGCUGCCACUAAAGAAGUGUUGAUUGAAGAGUCGCAGGAGUUGAAGGGUGUUCAGCUUAACAUUGUUAUCUGCUCGACAAAAGAUCGUCCGAUUCCUGCCAGCCCGUGGAUCAAUUUGGUUCUAGAUAAUGAAAUCGUUCCGCGGUAUCAGAGAAAACUCUCAAGAUUUGCAUCCGUUUUACUAACAUCCGUUUGCGGUAAUAAUCUUACUCUCGAACAGUUAAAUGAAGAGAUCCACAGCUUGUUUGGAUUGAACGAUCAAACGUUUAACAUUCUUACGGCCAAUGGGAAACCUCUUACUAAAAUUGAUGGACUUCUUUUGAACCAGCAAACAUUGUACAUCACACGCGGAACCUCCCUUCCCAAUGAUUGGACAUUUACUAAAACCCCCUGCUGCAAUUUCCGAAAUAUCGAACAUAAUGGAGUGAAGGCGACUCUCUUGGAGGAGAAUCCCGCAGGAGUGAAACUCGAUGCUGAGAUGCUAUUCCGACAGCUCGUUCCCGAUGGAAAGCGGCUGAAAUCGAACUAGGUUGUAUUGCGGAUAAUGAAGCAAGUGUUACGAAGUAUAAAUUUUCGCUUUUUUAUUUAAAUAAUCCGGUUUGUCCUUUCGUUUUAUUCUGCGGAA